UCCGCCGCCACUUCACUUCCUCCGGUGGAUUUGGCUUUCGGCCUUCCGCUCGCCCGAACCACUCUUCUUGCUCGCUCGCGCCGGCCAAGCUCUUGGCCUCUUCCUCCUUUUGCGGUUCUCCCUUUUGGCCGUCGCCCGCCCCGGAUCGAUGCGCUGCUUCACGGCACCCCCCCGCCGGGCUUUGGUCUUGGCCCUAUUCCUGGCACUGGCCAUGCUGGGAAGCUCCCUGGCCCUGCCGGCGCCGGCCGACCAGCCGGCCUGCGGCGCCGGGCAAUACGCCUCCCCGGGCAGCCCGCCGGUCUGUGCACCCUGCCAUGCCUCCUGUCGGAGUUGCUUCGACCGCGAGGACUUCUGCACCUCCUGCCCGAUGGAUGGGGCGUGGCUGCUGCCGGGGACUGGUGUGUGUGUUUCCGCCUGCCCGGCGGGCCAGUUCAUCGGCGUGGCCUUCCCCGGGGCGGUGGCCCCGGCCCCGGGGCAAGUUUGCCUCACCUGCCCUGAUGGCUGUGAGGCGUGCUCGAGCCCGGGCGAUGCGCCCGCUUGUGUUCUCACACCGGACGGGUCUCUGGACUGUCCGGCGGUGGCGCGGUGCGACCGCUGCGCCGAGGGGCUGCUGCUGCUGGAUGGCACGACGUGCGUGGCAAGCUGCCCGGAGUCCGGGUACCUGACCGACUCCGAGGGCAAGUUUGCUCGGGUCCCGGCGUGUGUGGCGUGUGCGCCCCAGUGCACUGCGUGCAAUGGGCCCGGGGCCGAGCAGUGCACCGCCGGCCCGGAGGCCCGGCGAAACCACGCCCUCGUCAUCGGCUUGAGUGUCAUCAUUGGGCUGGUGGUGCUGGCCAUCCUGAUCAUCGGCCUGACGCUGGCGAUCCUGCGCCGUGCGAAUCGCCUUCGGCGGAAGGACCGCCCGGCCCCCUCGCCGCCCUCGUCCCCCUCGAUGACCACGGAUACCGGCCGGUCCCGGCGUGCCGGGCCGUCGGAGAGCUCCAUCCCGAUGGAUACCCUGCGCCGCUGAGUGGCCGGCCAUUGUCGGGUGCCCAGGGCCACCCCCCCC